AUGAAGACGAUGUUCAUGAACAGCUUCCUGCGGCUGCCAGGAGUUCGUGAGGCGCUUUCUGCGCGGCGCCAGGCCAUGCUUCGUCGUGAAGCAAUCCCUCGUGAGCCUGAGGUUAUUGUUAUCGACGGCGAUGAUGAUGACCUCCGGCCAGCCAAUGUCGACAAAGUGAAUGUGUCACGAAACCCAGAGAAGAUCAGAUUUACCGACACUGGCCCUACUGGCAAGUGCAACCAACUGUAA